AUCAUCAGCAACAAGAAGGAAAAACUAAUAGCCUACCAACAUCCACUCUCCUUCCUCUUCCCCCCACCUUCUUUCUUACCAAAUCUCUUCUAGAAGCCCCCUAUAAUUUUAAUCAAAUCCCUCCCCACCUUUCUCUCUCCUAGUCAAACUCUUAUAUAUCUUAUCCCACCUCCAAGCUCUUCAAUUGGUGUUAAGCAAGUAACUCUUCAGAGAGAGACACAGAAAGAGAAAAGACUUCACAUCAUCAUGGGAAGAUCACCUUGUUGUGAGAAAGCUCACACCAACAAGGGAGCAUGGACUAAGGAAGAAGACGAGCGCCUCAUCGCUUAUAUCAAGGCGAACGGCGAGGGUUGCUGGCGAUCUCUUCCCAAGGCCGCCAGCCUCCUCAGGUGCGGUAAGAGUUGUCGGCUUCGGUGGAUCAACUACCUUCGUCCGGACCUCAAGCGGGGGAACUUCACCGAGGAGGAAGAUGAGCUCAUCAUCAAACUUCACAGCCUCCUUGGCAACAAAUGGUCGUUGAUAGCUGCGAGGCUACCGGGGAGAACAGAUAACGAGAUCAAGAAUUACUGGAAUACGCACAUAAAACGAAAAUUGAUCAGCAGGGGGAUAGAUCCGGCGACGCACCGACCUCUGCAUGAGAUACAGGCGAGCAACACGAUAUCCUUCUUUAAAGGGGAUGAGAAAGCGGUGGACUCGGUUAAGCGAGAGGAAGGUGGAAAUAAGAGCAGCAGCAGCAGUAGCAGCAGCAACAGUAAUGAUAGCGAGAAGAUGAUGGUUAUGUGGAGGCGAUCGGCGGCGGAGGAGGAGGAGGAGGAGAAGAAGAUGAAGUGGCGGUGCCCAGAUUUGAAUCUGGAGCUCAGCAUAAGCCCGCCUUAUGAGAAAAAGGAGGAGAUUUGUGAUUAUGGUGGAGCUUUGAUGGGUCUUUGUUUCAGCUGUAAAUUGGGUGUGAAGAACAGCGGUGAAUGCAAGUGUGGUGGUGUCUUCCUUGGGCUUAGCAGAGGAGUGCUGGAUUAUAGAAGUCUUGAAACCAACUGAGAGGUUAUCUAUUAUAAUUUUGUUUCCUUUUCUUUCUUUUUUUAGAUGUUGAAAUUAGGAAUGAGAGUACUUGAAUUUCUUUCAUCUUUUUUGUAUAAUUAUUGGCAUGUCUACAUAUAUGUUGGAUGCUAUCUAUGUGCCUCCACGAACUGGUUUCUCUUGUUAAUCUUAGGCUCUCU